GCCAACGUUUCCGCGCGCAGUCUUCCCCCCCCACGGCCGCCCCCCGCCCGCGGGGGGGGACGCCGCCGCGCCAUGGAGGGCGCCGACGACUGGCCGGCGCCCGACGGCGGCCGCCUGGAGCGCGCCGAAAGCUGGUGCGAAGACGGAGUCCGUGGGCAGCGCGUGCAGCGCCCCCGGCGGCGCCGCGCGCGCGCUGCGGAGGGCCGUGGGCAGCAGCGGGGAGGCGCGGAGCGCCCGGGGUACGCCCGCGCGGUUCGAUCGGCUGCACGCCCAGGGCCCGGACGCGCGGCGCAGCCAGGGCGCGCUGAGCUCGCCGUCGCUGCAAGGGCGGCGGAGCGCGGGCAGCGCCGCUGCCCUGCCGCGCAAGGCGGGCUUUGCCUCGCCAGCGGGGACCCCGACCAGCGCCAAGAGGCACACGUCCCGACUGCCAGCCCCAGGCCGAACGGCUUCGCGCGGCCCCGGCCCCGAGGGUCGCUGGCGGCGGCCCUGAGCGAGGCGGCGGCGGGGAGCCCCGAGGCAGGGCGGCCCGCGGGGAGGGACUCCGUGAGGGACUCGCUGGGCAUCGUGGAGCCGGCGGGCGCUCCUGCCCACGGGCCCCCGGGGAGGCCGAAGGGUGACGUGGCAGUCUGCGUGCGGCUGCGGCCUGGGCCGCGGCAUGACGUGUGCAUCUCCGUCCAGAACGCAAACUGCGUGCGCCUGCAGUGCUGGGACGACGUCCGCGGCACUGGGAACAGUGGCCCCAUCUACUGGUGCGACCACGCCUUCGGCCCGGAGGCGUCGCAGGAGGAGGUGUACGACGUGGCGGUGGCGCCCAUAUGCGCGUCCGUGCUCGAGGGGUACAACGGGGCCGUCCUGGCCUAUGGGCAGACCGGGUCGGGGAAGACGCACACGAUCAUCGGUGAUGCCCAGCACCGGGGCGUCAUCCCGCGCGCCGUGGCGACGAUCAUCGAUACCCUCCGGGACAGGCGGCACUGGUCGGUCGAGGUCUGCAUGCUGGAGAUCUACAACGAGCGGACCCGGGAUCUGCUCGCCCCUGGCCAGAGCGUGUGCCAGGUAGACAUCCACGAGGUGCAGGAUGCCGCCGGCGUCUCCAGCUUCCAGUGCCCCGGGGCGACGAGGCGCGCCGUGCGGUCGGCCGAGGAGGUGCUCUCCGCUCUCGUGGAGGGCCUGCGGCGCCGCGAGACGGCGCACACGGACAUGAACCACAACAGCAGCCGCUCGCACCUCAUCUUCACGCUGGACGUGACGCAGGUGGACGACGCCCUGGGCGCGACCCUGCGCGGGCGCCUUCACCUGGUGGACCUGGCGGGGAGCGAGCGCCUGAAGCGGUCGAUGGCCUCACAGGCCUCGAGCGUCAACGAGCGCGACCUCCUGCCGUCCUCUAAGAGCCCGCGGGACCUGAACGCCCAGCGGAAGGAGGCUGGCGCUAUCAACAAGUCCCUCGCGCAGCUGGCGCUGGUCAUCCAGCGCCUCUCCUCUGGGGGAAGCCUGCGGCACGUUCCCUACCGGGACUCCAUGCUGACGAGGCUGCUGGCCGACAGCUUCGGGGGCAGCUCGAAGACCUGCCUGAUCAUCACCUGCUCGUCGCUCCGAGAGGGACCGCGAGGAGACGCGAGGCACGCUCGAGUUCGGCAAGCGCGCUGGCCUGGUGCGCAACGUGGCCCAGAUCAACAUCGAGAUGGCUCAGGAGCCGUCCGAGGUGGUUAAGGCGCUGCUGGCCAAGGAGCUGGCGGAGAUGACCAAGGAGAAGGAGGCGCUCCAACUCAAGGUGUGCGAGGCGGCCGCGGAGGUGCUCCAGCUGCAGAGGCUCCGGGCGCAGGACGUGCGGAGGCUCGAGGAGGAGAACGGCGCGCUGGAGGAGGAGCUCCGCCGCACGCGGGAGGAGCAGUCCGAGACGCACCGCCUGGUGCAGGCGGCGCUCGCGGUUUCCAGCCAGGCGCAGGA